AUGGACUUCACGCUACUGUCCACAGCCCCUGGUCUCCAAAUCAAGUGGUUGCGCGUGCUUUACAAGGAGACGACACAGAUUGUUGAACGUCUGAAUGCACGUUCGAUCGUAUGGCCCGCUUCGCCUCCUUUAACUCAAGUGGCUCCCUACUUGGGCUGCACGAUUGGUACAAAGACAUUUCUAGUCCCUGCAAUUCCGCGGACCGCGCUUCUCGGUGUGGUUUGGCAGCCUGUGAUGCCAGCUAAACCGCAUCCCAUGACUACGCACUCGCGACACGUCGACGAUGAGCAGAUCACCUCGUUCAUCAAGCAUGGUAAGCAUUUGCGCAAGAUCCUGCUUCCUGUCUUUGAAGACCUGCAGUUCCGCGUGACCUUUCGUCUUUUGCCAUUGCGCGCUCGAUUUUGGUUUCUUAUCGCUUCGAACCCGCGUAUUCAGUAUUGUGUGCGCGAUGGAUGCAAUGCGAUCGAGACAGAGCAACAUUUGUUUUUCGACUGCACUCUUGCGUCACGUCUGUGGGGUCACUUGAAUCAAGUGAUGUCCCCCUUCUUUCCUCUUCACUUUAUCUGGAAAGACCGCAAUCGAUGCUUGUUUGAUGGACGGUUGCCUACGCCGGAACUCCCUGCAUUGUCAGCCAUCUUCACGACUUUGGAGGCGCACGUCCGGUUUUAUUCACGACAUAUUUACGAGCGAGACCAGUUGUCGGCCUUGUUCAUGAUCGUGCGCGUGAUGAAAACUUACUCUUUACCCGGACUCUUUACGCAUAUGGACACUGAAUUUACGGCCGACUUCCACGUUUGCAAGUGGCUCGAGCGGGAAGGUAAAGCGGUACCAUCCCAGAGGUCACUGGUUCGAUCCCCGGCAGGGACGGAAGUUAAGCCUUAG